UUCCCUCUCCGUAGCAGCGGUGGCGGCGCGGCGGUCGAUCUGACCCGAUUCUAGGGCCGUUCCUCUCUUUCUAUAUUUCCCCAUUCUUGGCGAUAAAUUCUCAUCGCCGUCCUCCGAGGCCAAGAGCUCGCAGCGCGAAACCCUCGGCCCCCAGGCCUCAACGCGCCCCCUGAUUUUCGUCUAGGUUCGCCUCCUUCCCUUCUUGUGUCUGUGGAUUGCGAUCGGUUCCCGAGUACCUUGGGUUUGAUUUCGUCAUUUCUCUCGAUUCGAUCGGGCUCUGAGGUUCUGCUGUUCUGGUUCGAAGCGUCUCAUGGCAUCCAAGCGUAUCCUAAAGGAGCUGAAGGAUUUGCAGAAGGAUCCUCCUACCUCCUGCAGUGCAGGUCCUGUAGCAGAGGACAUGUUUCAUUGGCAAGCAACAAUCAUGGGCCCUCCUGACAGUCCAUACGCUGGAGGUGUAUAUUUAGUAAAUAUUCAUUUCCCUCCAGAUUAUCCUUUCAAGCCACCAAAGGUUGCUUUUAAGACUAAGGUGUUCCAUCCGAACAUCAAUAGUAAUGGGAGUAUCUGUCUGGAUAUCCUUAAGGAGCAGUGGAGCCCUGCCCUGACAAUCUCGAAGGUCCUGCUUUCUAUCUGCUCUUUAUUGACGGAUCCAAAUCCAGAUGAUCCUCUUGUCCCGGAGAUUGCUCAUAUGUACAAGACUGACAGAGCAAAGUAUGAGGCCACGGCUCGCAGCUGGACACAGAAGUAUGCUAUGGGAUGAAGGUCUCCUACUCUGACGGUGUUAUGCUAUCAAGACAAAUGAAUUAUAAUGAUGGAGGUCCCGAUUCUCGUGAUGUUGUGGAAGUGAUUUUGUUAAGAUGGAGUAUCGUGUUUGUUCUGUUUCUUAUUUGAUCAAAUAUAUUAUAUUCAUGCCUGCUACUUGGCCUGCUAUAAUUUUCAUUGUGAAUAAUAUUCAUAUGCUCGUCUUCAUGCUAGUAAUCAUUAUGAGAAUAGCUUGUCAAUAA